CCUCCCCUCCCCUCUUCCAAACAACUCGUCCCUCUCGACAUUCUUGUCUCUUGCGCUCAUCCCAAAACAAUCCUAGACAGAAUCAACCACCAUGCUCGAGGCUCGUGUUAAGCAGGCUGCUGUCCUCAAGAAGCUCCUUGACGCCAUCAAGGAGCUCGUUACUGAUGGCAACCUCGACUGCUCUGACGAGGGCAUUGCCCUCCAGGCCAUGGACAACUCGCACGUCGCGCUCGUGUCGCUCAAGCUCGCGGCCGAGCAGUUCGAAUCGUACCGCUGCGACCGCAACAUCCCUCUCGGUGUCAACCUCACCUCGCUCACCAAGAUUCUCAAGUGUGCCAAGGACAACGACAUUGUGACUCUCAAGGCUGCUGAUGACGCCGACUCGCUCGGCCUGGUCUUCGAGUCUCCCAAGGAGGACCGCGUCGGAGAGUACGAGAUGAAGCUCAUGGACAUUGACCAGGAGCACCUCGGUAUCCCCGACACUCAGUACGACGCGACCAUCACCAUGUCGUCUGCCGAGUUCCAGCGCAUCUGCCGUGACCUCGCUGCUCUUGGCGAGUCGGUCAAGAUAGAGGCGUCCAAGGAGGGUGUCCGCUUCUCAUCGGACGGCGAGGUCGGCUCGGGAUCCGUUCUGCUCAAGCAGAGCGCGGGCAACGACCGUGGUGCCCGCGCCCGCGCUAAGCCCGACCCGGAUGAGGAUGAGGAGGAGGAGCGUGAGGAGAAGCCUGAUGUCGACGAGGAGGGUGAGGACGAGCAGGACGAGGAGGACCGCCCCAAGAAGCGCAAGGCCAACGGCGGCGCCAAGGGCUCCAAAAAGGCCAAGACUGGCGGCAGCGACGAGGACGUCGGAGUGUCCAUCAUCCUCGAGAAGCAAGUCUCGCUUACUUUCUCUCUCAAGUACCUGUCCAACUUUGCCAAGUCUGCGCCUCUUGCGCGUGAGGUCUCGCUCAACAUGAGCAACGACGUCCCUCUCCUCGUCCAGUUCGACUUUGAGCAGGGCACGCUCCAGUUCUUCCUGGCGCCCAAGAUUUCGGACGAGUAAAGAGAUAAAGUGUAGCUGUAUUAGUGGAGAGAGUGGAUCAUCGAGUCGCUGUACCACGUCAUUGUUACUUUGCUAUGGAUUCAUCAUGCGCC